AUGGAAGAAAUUUCUGAUGUUAAAGUGACAAAAUACAUUCCAACAAUCUAUACAAGGCCACGUACAGUGGAGUACAUAAAAAAUGGUACGCUUCGAAAAAGAAGCAUAAUGGCCGAAAAAAAUGGUGUCGUUAUUAUUAUCUACAACAAAACAAGAGAUGUUUUGGUGUUGGUUAAACAGUUUAGACCGUCUGCGUAUUUUUGUCAGGUCAAUGAAGAUGAUUUUUUAUUAGACACCAUAGAUACUAAAAAGUACCCUCCGAAAUUAGGUAUAACUUUGGAAUUUUGUGCCGGUCUGGUGGAUAAAGAUCUUUGCAAUGAGGAGAUAGCCAUUGAAGAAAUAUUUGAAGAAUGUGGAUACAAUGUGGAGAUAAAGGAUUUAGAAGAAAUAUGUACCAUUUGCAAUCUCACUGAUACUACUGGAGCCAAAUCGUUUUUUUAUUAUUGUGAGGUGACAGAUGACAUGAAAGUGUCAAACGGCGGUGGAGUGGAGGGGGAAAACAUUGAGGUUAUAGACAUGAAGGUCGAUGACGUAAUACAAUAUGGCACACAAGAUUACGUGCAAAGUCCUGCUUGUUUUUUAUUCGGUUUAAACUGGUUUUUAUACAACAAAUAUAGAAAAUAA